CUGUUUCUGCCCCGGUAUUGGCUGCGUAGCGUAGAUGAGCACGUUCUUCCCCCCCCUCACGUCUUUUUCCCGGGGCAACGUACCUUGAUGAUCGUAGCUAGCGCGUGAGCCGAGGAAGGGUCGCUGCUGUCACUAUGAAUAUCCGGAAUGCGCGGCCCGAGGACCUGAUGAACAUGCAACAUUGCAAUCUCCUUUGCUUGCCAGAGAAUUAUCAGAUGAAGUACUAUUUUUAUCAUGGACUCUCGUGGCCACAGCUCUCCUACAUUGCUGAAGAUGAGAAUGGCAAGAUUGUAGGCUAUGUACUAGCUAAAAUGGAGGAAGACCCCGACGAUGUCCCCCAUGGACACAUCACAUCUCUGGCAGUCAAGCGGUCCCAUCGUCGCUUAGGGCUGGCUCAAAAGCUGAUGGACCAGGCUUCUCGAGCCAUGAUUGAGAACUUCAAUGCUAAGUAUGUCUCACUGCAUGUUCGCAAAAGUAACCGAGCUGCAUUACACCUCUAUUCCAACACGCUCAAUUUUCAGAUCAGUGAAGUGGAGCCUAAAUACUAUGCUGAUGGGGAGGAUGCAUAUGCUAUGAAGCGUGAUUUAACACAGAUGGCAGAUGAGCUGCGGAGGCAGGUGGAAUUGAAAGAGAAGGGAAAGCAUUCUGUACUGGGCUCCAUUGAGAACAAGGGCAGUGAUCACAAGACUAACCAUGUGGGUGACUGUUGCCGGGAUGACAGAUGCCCAGGGACCCUUGUGGGCACCGGACCUGGAGCUGAAGACAGUGGGGACAGCAAGGACGUCAGUGAGGUCAGUGAGGCUACAGAGAGCACAGAUGUCAAGGACAGCUCAGAGGCCUCUGACUCUGCCUCCUAGCAAGGUCUUUGGCUGUGCUCUUCACUUUCCAGCGAUUGGACUUGUGUCGUCCUUGGCCAGGGGUUGGACCACUACGGAUGGAUUGGAAAUAAAACUUUUGGAACCAGG